AUGAGCCUUUCCGCCCUUCUUCUUGGAAAACCCAAGAAAGUUGACUCGGAGCUGGAUGCACUGUUUAAAUCCAAUCCCAUUCCGCCACAAAAUUCCAGCAUCCCUGCUACAUCAACCCAACCGCCAACAAAGAAGCGAAAAAUCCAGGAAUCUCAUGGCGAAAAGAAUACGAAACGAGCUAAAUCCGGCAGCCCCAUAAAAUUGCCAGUCGAAACCAAGCCAACCAAGUCUUCGAAAAAGCCGAGAAAGUCUCCAACACCUGUACCCCAAAGCUCUCCGGAGCCUGACGACUCUGAGGACGAUAACGAUGAUUUGGAAAAUGCAUACCUUCUUAAAAAUGCCGGCGGGUCUGAAGUCGAAGUCGACGAUGAAUCGGAUGCACCUCCACCAACCCACGAAUCACUCCUAUCCUCUGCCAAACGCGUGCGUGUGAAAACCAGCAAAAAGAAGGAUAAAUUCGUGCCCGAAGACGAAUCGGCAGCGCAGCGAAACGCUCGAACUCUGUUCGUUGGAGGGCUUCCAGUAGAAGUUGCAGAGAAGAAAUCACUCAAAAAACAACUUUCACGACACAUUCUCUCCUUCCUUCCACCACCCAGUCAAGGAAAAAUCAAGAUAGAAUCCGUCCGCUUCCGCUCCGUAGCAUACCAAAAGCCAUCCAAUGGGCCGACUUCCAACAAAGACGGGUCGAAACCUGCUCCCAACGCCAAUGCCUCUGAGCAUAGCAAGUCGCGGGCAGCCAAAUGGCGAGACGAUGCAACAAAAGAAGAAGAAAAGCCGAAGGAGUAUCUCACGCCUGCUCAAAAGAAAAAGGUCAUGUUUAUCAAGGGGGAGUUCCACUCCGAAGGACGGGGCGUCAACGCCUACGUUGUUCUGGCACAUCCAGUACAGCGAGACAAUGAUGUUGAUAUGGACGGGUCCGACCCUUAUAAUGCUGCUCUUGAGAUCGCACGUGCAGCAAAUUUCUCUUCAUUCUUAGACGUUGCUAUCCGUGUCGAUGUUUGUGGCCAGCAACAACCAAAUUCGAACUCACAAUCCAAUUUGGACGCCAUCGGUGCCACGGGCGACCCGAAAUUCUCCCUUUUCAUUGGAAACCUGGAGUUUGGUUCGCAAGAGCGAGAUGUGAUGGAGUUUUUCGAAGGUGUGGUCGCUGGCGAGCGAGGACCAGCCCCUGACUCUGCCAACGACGAAACUAAACAAGCAGCAAGAUGGGUUCAAAGCGUCCGCCUCAUCCGCGACCCAGAAACACAACUCGGGAAAGGGUUUGGUUAUGUGCGGUUUUCGGACCGCGAAUGCGUCGACGAGGUUCUCUCCCUUUCCAAGACGGACGAAGGGAAGAAGAAGCUCAAAUUUGCGAAACGCGUCCUACGAGUCCAGCGAUGCAGAGCUACCACAACGAAAAGCACUUCGUCUAAACCAGCAUCCGACUCUGUUGUCCAGCCCAUCAUAUCGCCAACCAGUAAAACGACUAAACGCGGGGAUCCAACAUUGGGCGAGCGACUUGUGCAUCUCGGCAAAGAAGAGCGCAAGGCUGCGAAGAAAGCAGACAAAGAUAGGGAGAGUAGGAGGGCGGAAAAGAAAAUGAGAAUGCGGAUGAAGGUCAAGAGCCAAGUCCCUGGUGGAUUUGGAGGCAAGGGAGCUGGGAAAAGUAGUGUGAAGAGCAAAGAACGAGAGCGGAUUAGGAAACUGUUCACGGGCUUCGACGCCCACGACUACAUAUCCUCGAAAACACCAGUUGUUCUGAUUCCACUUUACGCCCGUAAUCCACCUCUGGAGGCCACACUCGAUUUGUUGCCAAGGACUGCAGCAUAA